CGGCGCGCGGGAAGCCGGCUCCGGCUGGUGCGGCGGCGGCUGGGCCCGUUACGGGGAUCUUCCGCCGGCCCGACCCCCGGCUGGGCCCGAUCGCAUGCUGGGCCCGCGCGUGGAGCUGGGGCGGCAUGAAGUGCCUGGUCACCGGAGGCAACGUGAAGGUGCUCGGCAAAGCCGUCCACUCCCUGUCCCGGAUCGGGGAUGAGCUCUACCUGGAACCCUUGGAUGAUGGGCUCUCCCUCCGGACCGUGAACUCUUCCCGUUCCGCCUAUGCCUGCUUUCUCUUUGCCCCGCUCUUCUUCCAGCAGUACCAGGUGGCCACCUCUGAUCAGGACACAGUGCGCUGUAAGAUACAGAUGAAGUCCUUCCUGUCCGUCUUCCGCUCUCUGGCAACACUGGAGAAGACUGUGGAAAAGUGCUGCAUCUCCCUGGGUAGCCGGAGCAGCAGCUUGGUGAUCCAGCUGCACUGCAAGUAUGGGGUGACGAAGACUCACAACCUGUCCCUCCAGGACUGUGAAUCCCUGCAGGCUGUCUUCAACCCGGCCUCAUGCCCCCAUGUGCUCCGAGCCCCAGCAAGAGUACUGGGCGAUGCCAUCCUGCCCUUCUCCCCGGCGCUGGCUGAAGUGACACUGGGCAUUGGCCGUGGACGUCGGGUCAUUCUGCGCAGCUACCAGGAGGAAGAGGCAGACAGCACUGUCAAAGCCAUGGUGACUGAGAUGAGCAUUGGGGAAGAGGAUUUCCAGCAACUGCAGGCUCCGGAAGGGGCGGCCAUCACAUUCUGCCUCAAGGAAUUCAGGGGCCUCCUGAGCUUUGCAGAGUCAGCAAACUUGCCCCUUAGCAUUCACUUUGAUGCCCCAGGAAGGCCAGCCAUCUUCACCAUUGAGGACUCGCUGCUGGACGGCCACUUUGUUUUGGCCACCCUCGCAGACCGGGACCCACACUUGCAGUGCCUGGGCUCCCCGGAGCUCCCCAGGACAGCGCCUCAGCUGCAGGCUCACAGCACAUCCCAGCUGGAUGACUUUGCCAGUGAUGACAUUGACUCGUACAUGAUUGCUAUGGAAACUGCCGUAGGCAGCUCCAGCUCCCGGGCACAACCCUCCAUUUCCUUUUCACCUGGCUUCCAGACCUCCCACGACCCCAGCCUCCACUCAGAUGAAGAGGCUGAGCCUAGCACAGUGCCUGGCACCCCCCCACCCAAGAAGUUCCGCUCGCUGUUCUUUGGCUCCAUCCUAGCUCCUGUACACUCCCGCCAGGGCCCCAGCCCUGUGCUGGCGGAAGACAGUGAUGGUGAGGGCUGAGCUGAGAAGCUGAAGGCCGUGGACUAAGCCCCAGCCAGGGGAGGACAGGGGCUCUGGCCAGGGCAUGGGAUGGGGGCCGGGGCCGUGCUGGUAGUUCUGCUGCUUCCUGCAGGCCCCACUCGACCAUGUUUGGCUUGAGCCCUGUCAUCUCCUCCCAGACUGCAACCAAUCAUGCCUCUUCCCAGAUUUGGUGCCUAGAAAAGCCAUCUGACAGGAGGGUCCUCAGCCCUUAAUCAUCACAGAGCCUUAAGCUAGGUUCUAGCCAACUAACUGGCCAAGGCUGAAAGCCUGCCCUCUAAGAAAAGAAAUCAUAGUGCUACUGAUUUACUGCCCAUCAUGAACUGCCCCUCCCCCAGACACCACUGGGACCACCGCCCCUGUGGCUGGUAGUUUCUCUUAUUUUCUCAAUACUUUGGCCCUGCCUUGGAAUUUUAAGAGCCUCUGAACUCGACGCUGUGCCUGGGUUGCCCUGGCUGGGCCUGUGCCCGGCAAGCCUGCCUUCCCCAGUGGCUUUGUGUGGAAGGGCUGCCAGGCCCAAUGCUUGGGACAAGGAAACAGGCCAUGGCGAGAAUC